AAUACGGAAGUUGCAGAGAAUUCAAUUGUCUAUGAAUGCGGACCCCUGGUAUAAGCCUCAUUAAAUCUGUCAUGACGAUUGUGUCUGUAGUAACGACAGCGAUUAUAUAUAAGUUAACUUAAUGAAGAGACUCGACAGGCAAUCACGGACGGCCCGAGCGAAAACAUGUUUGUCGUUAAUAUCAUUCUAAUAUGUUAUGGAUGUGUAAGUUUAAUUUGUUCAGUACAUGCUGUGACAAUGCAUUAUGGUAAUGAUAGCAAAACAGUCACUGACCGAAAAGACUGUGGGACCCGAAGGAAUAUUUGGAGAUUGUAAAUGUUUUCGAAAAAUAACAGGCUGUCCAAAACUUUGGUACCGACAACCCAGAGAUGUCUGUCCAGGGGAAACAAAGGUUAUCGAAGUCCCAGAGACUUACACUGAUUACGAAAUUGUCCGCGAGGAGAAGAUAAUUUGGGAAGAGGUACGCAACCAGGAAGUCGUAGACGUUCCCAUGAGAACAUACAAAGAUGUUAUCUUAGACCCUUCUCCUUCGUACGACAAACCCGUGGUUGGCGUCGUCAAGCAAACAGAAAUUAGGAAAGCACCGAUAUAUAAAACGACGAGAAGGCCAAUCAAAACUUUCAUCACAAGAAGGAAACCAGUUCAGAGGGUCAAAAUUCAUUUCAAGAAAAUUGUUACGGAACAUAUCAAUUGCUGUCCAAAUUUGAAAUUUUGGUUUAUCGAUUUACCUGUUGUUGUUGAGAACAACGAGGUGUACGAUAAUAGCCGGGAUGUCGUCAGAAAGUAGGCGUUAACGUCUGAAGAUUUCUUACACAUGGCAGUAAAUUUAUAUGGCAAAAAUCCAUUUUUGUUAACGUUCUUCGAAUUUUACGAUGAAUAUGAUAUUGAAAUAGACAGGUACGAAUCACGUAUCCCAAACUUGAUAUAGAGCACACCCCUAGUCUAAAUCUUUAAAAAUAGUAUCAAUAAUUGUCAUGGAAUUACUGAUUUUCGUGAAUUCCACAAUUUUGUUUUUGAUGAAAUAAGUUGUGGAUUUGUUUCGUGGAAUUACAGAUGCCAGUAAAUAUUACGAGUUAUAGCAGCAGACCAUACUAUGUCCUAUGUAUGUACAUUUCCUCGUGUAUACGCAUUCUAGUCCCUUAUCACAUGUGUAUAAUAUUAGGAAACAUCAGUGUACCGUGUAGAAACGAUUAUCUAUUUCACAUAACUAUAUAUACACAGUUCGCACAGGGUAUUUCCUAUUCCGGUCUUGAAAGUUGAGGUUGAAACAUGAUAAUUAUAUUUGCAUGUAAACCACUAAUCGCGCUCUCAUUCUGUGUAAAGUAGGAUCAUCAUUUUUUGUGUAUGCACAAUGCAUUGUCCCAUCCAAAUAAACGAAACGUGAUAUUUGUGAACCUCGUU